UGGCCUUUCACCGCCGUUCGUUCAAGGAAGCGAAGGGCGUCAUGGGAGUUGGAGUUCCAGGUUCCUCCUCCCCGUAGUUUGCUACCCGGCAGACAGCAGAAGAGAGGUCCCAGGCAAGACGGAGUCUCUUUGCUUUCGGAUGCUCGGCUACCUUCCUGCCACUUUGACACAGUCUGCAGGCGUAAUGGUGCCUUUUCGAAUGUCCACUCAAGCUUUUCACAGUAGCCGAAGAGCUUUGGAAGAAAUGCAGAAGAAAGUACAGCCUGGUGAACAAAUGCAUAGACAUGUAGAAUAUAUGGCCCCAAGAAGGUUCAAGACCUCUAAGAACCCAGUAGCUAUCGCUUGGGUCAUUGGUUUGCCCUCUGCAUUCGCCCUUUUCUUCCUUGCUAAGAAACAAGUGGAGAAGAAACGUGUGAAACAGAUGAAAGCUCGCCAACAGAUGAAGGCAGCCAAUAAAGAAGAAUAUGAUUCUACACAAAACAGCAUAGCAUCAAAAGAGCAGAAAGGCAUCUAGAAACUAAGACUAGUUUUGGAUGGUAGCACUACUGGAACUGUACAUUUCAAUCCUUCAGUUACUGUCUUCAGCUUCUCAAAUUCUGGUACUUAUUUGAAGCACAGUACUGUGCUGCAGAGCAUUUCAAAUUAACUGAUUUCUCAUUCUGCAUUUCUAUGAAUCAAGGUUAUCAUAAAUUCCCAUCAAACAAUAAUCCUCAGCAUUAGACACAGUGGUCUGGCUUAAAGUGUAUUCUAGUUUUUUUGCUUUGAAGGAAUUUAAUGGUAAGUCUGGAUAAUUAAAGAUUAAGCCACAGGAGCAAUGAUAAUGUGGGCCAUGAGAACCCAAUAAAGUUGUACUUUAUUUUCUC